AUGAAUAUACAACUUGUGCAGCUCUUGUCUCAAUUUCUUCUGUUGUCCCUUGGCUGGCUCAAUGACGGCGGCUUGAAAGUUGACGGGGAGACCGUAGCGAAGCACCGAUUCGACGAAGACGCGGAGUGCCUUGAUGUGAAUGUAGGCGGAGAAGAUCUCGCCGAAAUUGAUCUUCAACCAGCGGAUGAGCGGCGCGUAUUGUCGCUGCUUCUCGGCUUGGAGCUUGUCUCGUUCCGUUCGUCCUGA